CAAAUCAGACAGAGAGGUGGCUGAUCAUCAAAGGACGGCAUACAGCGAGAUGCUCUCGCUAAUUCAGGAAACCAGCAGGCAGCUCCCCCUCCGAUGGUGCCUGCGAGCCGCAUACUCAAUCUACGGCCACCAUGAUCAGCCACCCAAUGAAGCUCUCCUCCAUCGCCGGACCGCCGCUCCUCCGUCGCUUCCUUCCACCCAUAAAUACCCCAACACACCACCCAUCGUCCCAAAACACAACCAACAACAACAACACAACAACAGCAGCUCACCAUCUCGAUCGCGACCGAUCUCCAAACAAGAAGAAGCAGCUAGCAAUGGCGUCGAGGAAGGCACUGUUGGCGCUGGCGAUGGCGGCGGCGCUGUUCGCGGUGGCGUGCGCGGUGAAGCCGACGUUCACGGUGCAGCCGGGGUCGACGACGAAGAAGCUCGGGGUGAAGGUGAACAAGCCUGGCCACAGCGUGGCGGAGGUAGAGCUCCGGCAGCACGGCUCCGAGACGUGGCUGACGAUGAAGAAGACGGGUCCCGACACCUUCACGGUGCAGAGCCCGACCCCGCUCAAGGGGCCCUACAACUUCCGCAUCGUCACCGAGAAGGGACUCCGCGGGGUCUUCGAUGACGUCGUGCCCGAGACCUUCAAGUGCGGCACCACAUACGUCCCAGACGAGUACUGAUCAUUCCAUCCAUCCAUCCAUCCAUCCAUUGGGUUGAGUUCAUCUCAGCGAUUUCACCCAUGGAUAUCGUAUAUCAUAAUUAAGCCGUAUGCAAUGAAUAAGCUUCGUCGGAGAAGAAGCUAUAUGUAGCUAGCAGCGGCCACGACGGAUGUGCGUGCGUGCUGAUAGCUAGCUAGCCGCCGGGUCUUAUUGAUUCAUGUCGACCGGCCGCUUCUUUUCUGUUUUUCAUUUAUGUAAUCAAAUUUAUUUAUUAUUUUGUUCAAGAAUUAUUUUUAUAUGGAAUAUGUGGAUUUCUUUUUUGACAA